UAACAGUAAUGACUGCUUUCCACUUGAGAGAGAUUUAGUGUUCCUUAUGAUUUCUCGGAGCCUUGAUGGCGCAGUGGUUAAGAACUCGACUGCUAACCAAAAGGUCGGGAGUUUGAACCCAUCAGCCGCUUUUUGGAAACCUUGUGAGGCACUUCUACUCUGACCUUUAGGGUUGCUGUGAGUCCGAAUUGACUCGAUGGCAACAGGUUUGGUGUUUUCUGAUCUUGUGAUUUCUCAGGUUAGAAGCAGAUGAUCAGGCAGUUUACUUCUUAGUACCUAGUUAAAAGCUUAGAAUUUAACUUUUACUGAAGUGAAACUUAAAACUAUGUAUUUUAUAUGCCAAAAGGUUGGUAGUUCAGACUCACCCAGAGGCACCUCAGGAGACAGACCCGGCAGUCUGCCUCUGAAAGGUCAUGGCCUUGAAAUCCUAUGGAACAGUUCUACCCUGCACACCUGGGGUUGCCAUGAAUCGGAAUCCGCUCGAUGACAACUAACAACAACAAAUAUUGAGUUACCUGGUAUGAAUUACAGAUAUCUGUAAUGCUUUUGAUUAGUAUUUUUAUGCAGUUAAGCCAAGUGUUGUUGGCCUCUACUGAGGUUAGGAGUAAUUCUGGGAGUAAGGGGGAGCGGUUGGUGGCUACUUCAGGUAGCCACAAGAAGGUACUGCUGGGUUGGGGAUUUAGAGGUUGGGACAUAGACAUGAGGGGACUUUUCCAGGACAAAAAAGUACAGAAGGUCUGAAUUUGGUGAGGGAGGUAGGAGAGUACCGCAGACAUACUUGACCUGCCCUAUUGCUUCCCAGUUCUCUAGGAGACCAGCCACUCAGGAUUCUAAAAUUUGGGGGAUUCAGCAGGGAUAGGUUCUGUAGAGAAGGCAAGCCAAAGGUGUGUGUGGAGGAAUUUUUAUUCUGAGCAUUGACUCACAAGAAAAUCUGUGCUUACUGAACUACUUCACAAGUUUCUGAAUCAAAAGUAGUUUUGCUGUAUUAAUAUGUUUUGGAAACUUGAUGACUCUCAACCUGUUGGUUUAUUUUAAUCCCUUAAUUCUGCAUUAUCCAGCAUGACAGCUACUAACCACAUAUAGCAAUUUAAAGUUAAAAUAAAAAAUUCAGUCCUUAACCCACACUAGCCACAUAUCAAGUGCUCAGUAGUUACAUGUGGCUAGGGUUACUGUAUUGGACAAUUCAUUUUAUUAGACAUUCCCACCAUCACAGAAAAUUCUUUUGGACAGUGUUGCCUAUAUUAGUUUCUUUCCCUUUCUCUUCCAUUAGAUUAAAGCUAAUUUGUAUUAAUAUAUAAUCCACUUUGAGGAUUUUUUAAUCAAAAACUUGAAAGGUUCAAUAGAGUAAUAUUCCUUUGCUCUUUACAUAAUUGAAAAGACAGUUCCACCAUUUUAGAAUGAUCUACCUGAAUGCCAUUAAUUUCAAAGAUUUUUCAGGAAGUGGUGACUGAAAUAAUCGUACUCAUUAUGACUUAUAUUCUAUUUCCUCUACUAAACUGAUGGUCCUCAGGAUUAUUUCUACCAAGUAUGUUCUGGAAGGGUCCAAAAUAUUAUAAUAAUUUCUAACUUGAAAAAUUAGCUUUGUUUCUUAUAUUUCUUAGGAGAUUUUAGACUUUUAAUGCUUUAUCUGUUUUUUGUGCUCUACAUAUGGGGUCACCAUGAGUCAGAAUUAACAGAAACUUGUUUUAGAUCAUCAUAGCUGUCAAAAGUUGCAAGAGAGUAAAAAGCCAGAAUGCAAUUAUUUCCAUGUAGGCCUACUUCUCUGAGAUCCUGUCAACCAAGCAUGAAAGCUAGGGGAUAAUUCUACUGGUUUUUAACAGAAUAGAAAAAUAGACUUUGCUCUGGUUUCACAUAGUCUCUUUACUGUAGAUCUGACUUUUUCGUGUAAGUUGUAUGAAUAAGAUAAUUUCAGGAAACAUAACUAAAAACUUUUCCAUUGUGCUAGUUUUUUUUUUUUAAUUCAAAGUGUGGUGAUACUUACCUUUUGUUUUAUUGCAAAUUACUCAGAAUGGAAGUACAUACAGUAGCAAAUGAGUCUUCGACCUGAUUUGUAUUAAUACCAUCUCUGAGAUAACUACUUAAAAGUUACAAACUACCUUUAAAAAGUUGGUUAUAUAUUUUCCAGACUUCUCAAUGCAUAUUUAAGCAUAAACACAAAUAGUAUGUGUAUAUAUAAAAAGGUAGUAGACAUAUUUUGUGACAUUGGUUACCAGCCCCACAACAUGUCAAUACUCUCCCUUUUCAACCUUGGGUUCCCUAUUACCAGCUUUCCUGUCCCCUCCUGCCUUCUAGUCCUUGCCCCUGUGCUGGUGUGUCCCUUUAGUCUCAUAUUGUUUUAUGGGGCUGUCUGAUCUUUGGCUGAAGGGUGAACCUCAGGAGUGACUUCAUUACUGAGUUGAAAAGAGUGUCCAGGGCCAUAUUCUUGGGGUUUCUACAAGUCUCUGUCAAGUCAGUAAGUCUGGUCUUUUUCUGUGAGUUAGAAUUUUGUUCAUUUUUCCCCAGCUCUGUCCCGGCCCCUCUGUUGUGACCCCUGUCAGAGCAGUCAGUGGUGGUAGCUGGGCACCAUCUAGUUGUACUGGACUCAGUCUGGUGGAGGCAGUGGUAGUUGUGGUCCAUUAGUCCUUUGGACUAAUCUUUCCCUUGUGUCUUUAGUUUUCUUCAUUCUUCCUUACUCCCAAAGGGGUGAGACCAGUGGAGUAUCUUAGAUGACCGCUUACAAGCUUUUAAGACCCCAGAUGCUACUCACCAAAGUAGACCGUAGAGCAUUUUCUUUAUGAACUAUGUUAUGUCAGUUGAGCUACAUGUUCCCUGAGGCCAUGGUCCCGGCAGCCCUCAGCCUAAUAAUUUAUUUUUUGUGUUGUUGAGAAUAUACACAGCAAAACAUACACCAAUUCAACAGUUUCUACAUGUCCAAUUCAGUGACAUUGAUUACAUUCUUUAAGUUGUGCAACCAUUCUCAUCUCCUUCUAUGAGUUGUUCCUCCCCCAUUAACAUGAACUCACUCCCCCUAAGGUUCCUAUCUGAUCUUUCAAGUUGCUGUUGUCAGUGUGAUCCCGUACAGAUAGAUCUUAAGAGAGCAUGGUGCUCAAGGCAGAUAUUUUUUGCUAGUUAAGCUAAACUGUUGUUUGGUUUUAAGAAAACCAGGGAAUUUUUUGGUUUAAGAUUUAAAGAUUAUCUCCGAGCAGUAGUUUCAGGGGUUUAUCAAGCCUCCAUGGCUUCAGAAAGUCUGGAGUCCUUGAGAAUUUGAAAUUCUAUUCUGCAUUUACCCCCUUUUGAUCAAGAUGCCUUUAUAGAAUCCCUGAUCAAAAUGUUCAAUAAUGGUAGCCAGGUACCAUCCAGUUCUUCUGGUCUAAUGGCAAAAGAGGCAGCUCUUCAUGGAUGCAGUUAGCCACAUGUCCGUUUCCUUCUCCUGUGCCUGACUCUACUUCUCCCUCUGUUGCUCCAAGCAAAUAGAGACCAAUUGUUGUACCUUGGAUGACUUCUUGCAAGCUAUAAAUGGUUUUCAUAGAGUAUUUUGCCCACUUAACAAUAUAAUGGGUAUCAUUCUAUAUAUAUAAUCCGUAGUCAUGCUCUGAUUAGGUUAUAAAUUAAAAAAACAUUUUUUUCUCCAGAUUUUAUGGUAGGAAAUCUGAAAUAUAAAUAUGUUCUUAUAUGACGGUAGUAUACAGUGGUAGUGUAUGUGCAGCUGCCUUAGUAUGGUAAACUCGUUGCUGUCGAGUUGAUUCCAACUCAUAGGGACCCUAUAGGACAGAGUAGAACUGCUGCAUAGGGUUUCCAAGGAGCGGCUGGUGGAUUCAAACUGCUGACCUUUUGGUUACCUACCAAGCUUUUAACCAUUGUGCCACCAGGGGACCAGUGGUUAAGAGCAGCAACUGCUAACCAAAAGGUUAGCAGUUCACAUCCUCCAGUUGCUCCUUGGAUACCCUAUGGGACAGUUCUGUUCUGUCCUAUAGGGUUGCUACAAGUUGAAAUUGACUGAACGGCAAAGGAUUUUUUAUUUUUUAUUUUUUAUGGUGGUGACCUGUAAUAGGUGCUCAAUAAAUGUUACUUUCCAUUUUUCUUCUUGGAUGUAUGUGAGAAGGGCCAUGUAAGAUGAUUGUUUCUUUUGAGUAGUGAAAGUCUGUGGACACACAGCAAAAAACCACAAACAACCUUGGUAUAAAUCUUUAUACUGCAAAGCAAGCCUUUCUCUGAAGCUUGCUUGUGUUUUCUGAUUCAGGUUUAUAAAUUGCUCUAAGACUAACAGUAUUGCUAUUUAAGUAUCUUGUAAGCUAGGCAGCUCCAAUUAUUUUAGGGGCUUCCAGUAAAAGCAAAUAUUUUUUACUGGUGAGUAAGAGACCACAGUAUGAUUUACUCUUGUUACCGAGAGUACACAUACUAUUAUAUACUGUAAAGUUGUACAACAUGUGAAACUUUUUACAUGGGAACCUUGGAAGAGUCAUAGAUAUCAAAGUCCUUUACUAACUUUGAAGAUGUAUAGAAUGGAUGCUGAGAUCAGAGAUCCAGCACCUCUCUUAUGGAGUGGAAUAUGCUUUGUGAUACAGUUUCAGACCUGAUUGUUUCUAGUAGUUCUAGAGAAGAAAGUAGGAAAUGAUGGAUCUCAGUCUGAUUGUUAAUUAUUUGUAAAGUUCUAUUUUGAAGUAUUGUUGCUGUAUACUUUUCAACAUCUCAUUUGGAAUUCUGGUCCUUCUGCUUUUCUUCAGGGAGGUCGUGGACCUCUGUUUUGAAUGAAUCAGUAAAGAGGAUAGAAUUGGGGUCCCAACGUUUUUCUCAUUGUGGAGAGAACGAGGGGGUGCAUCUGAGAGGAGUGCUUCUACAGUACUAACCAUGUCUGAGCUUUGCUUGGAGCUUCCAUGCCUAUGGCUGUUCUAAAUUUGGGCCAAAUAUAUCCAUUUCAGAGAGGCAUUUUCUGUAAUGACAACAGCAUCAAGUAUCCGUACCAUGACAGUACCGUCCCAUCCACUGCCCUCACCAUAGUGGGGGUUGGCUUACCCAUUUCCUCUAUGAUUGUUGGAGAAACCCUGUCUGUUUACUUUAACCUUUUGCACUCAAAUUCCUUUAUCAGGAAUAACUACAUAGCCACUAUUUACAAAGCCAUUGGAACUUUUUUAUUUGGUGCAGCUGCUAGUCAGUCCCUGACUGACAUUGCCAAGUAUUCAAUAGGCAGACUGCGGCCUCACUUCUUGGAUGUUUGUGACCCAGAUUGGUCAAAAAUCAACUGCAGUGAUGGUUACAUAGAAACCUACAUAUGUACAGGGAAUGCAGAAAAAGUUAAGGAAGGCAGGUUGUCCUUCUACUCGGGCCACUCUUCGUUCUCCAUGUACUGUAUGCUGUUCGUGGCACUGUAUCUUCAGUCCAGGAUGAAGGGAGACUGGGCCAGACUCUUACGCCCAACACUGCAAUUUGGCCUUGUUGCUGUAUCCAUCUAUGUGGGCCUUUCUAGAGUUUCUGAUUACAAACACCAUUGGAGUGACGUACUGACUGGACUCAUUCAAGGGGCUCUGGUUGCAAUAUUAGUUGCUGUGUAUGUAUCAGAUUUCUUCAAGGAGAAAGAUUCUCCGUUUAAAGAAAGAAAAGAGGAGGACUCACAUACAACUCUGCAUGAAACAGCGACGGCGGGGAAUCACUAUCGGAACAAUCACCAACCUUGA